UUAAUAAUUUUAAUAUUAUCAUAAUUCAACGAUUUGGAUUCUCGUUGAGCUCUGAAACCCAAGCGCACAGCUCUCACGCUUUUCACACUAUCGGAAAGAAAAGGAUGGGUUUCGUGUUCGGAGUGGUGGUCGGAAUAAUAGUGGGCCUGGCCAUCAUUGUGGGCUUCGUUCGUGGCGAGAAUGCGCGCUCGGCCCAACGAUCGCAGUUGGCCACGACCAUUGCCGCCUUCGCCAGAAUGACGGUGGACGAUUCUAGAAAGAUCUUGCCUUCUCAGUUCUACCCUUCUUGGGUCGUCUUCUCUUCCAGGCAGAAGUUGAGUUGGCUUAACUCGCAUCUUACCAAGAUCUGGCCAUAUGUUAAUGAGGCUGCUUCUGAGCUCAUUAAGACUUCGGUGGAACCUAUUCUUGAAGAAUAUAGACCAGUGAUUUUGGCUUCUCUUAAGUUCUCCAAGUUUACUCUUGGCACUGUAGCGCCACAGUUUACAGGAGUGUCUAUAAUUGAGGAUGCAGGGGAUGGUGUUACAAUGGAGUUAGAAAUGCAGUGGGAUGGGAAUCCCAGUAUUAUACUCGAUAUUAAAACUCUGCUUGGUGUUGCACUACCAGUGCAGGUAAAAAAUAUAGGAUUUACAGGUGUUUUCAGGUUGAUCUUUAAGCCUCUCGUUGACGAAUUUCCUGGUUUUGGAGCUGUUAGCUAUUCUUUAAGGCAGAAGAAAAAGCUGGAUUUUACACUAAAAGUCAUUGGUGGCGACAUAUCAACAAUCCCUGGAUUACAUGAUGCAAUUGAGGCGGCAAUUCGGGAUGCUGUUGAAGAUUCUAUUACAUGGCCCGUGAGAAAAGUCGUACCUAUCUUGGCUGGAGAUUACAGUGAUCUGGAGUUGAAGCCUGUGGGGAUAUUAGAAGUAAAGCUUGUGCAAGCAAAGGAAUUAACAAACAAGGAUAUCAUUGGAAAAUCAGAUCCAUAUGCUGUAGUAUAUAUACGGCCUUUACGCAACAGAAUGAAGAAAAGCAAGACGAUUAACAAUGAUUUGAAUCCAAUUUGGAACGAGCACUUUGAAUUUAUUGUUGAAGAUGUGUCCACUCAGCACUUAACCGUCAAAGUUUAUGAUGCCGAAGGUUUACAGUCAUCUGAAUUGAUUGGAUGUGCUAGCAUACAGCUUAGUGAACUUCAACCUGGUAAAGUAAAAGAUGUGUGGUUGAAGCUGGUCAAGGAUUUGGAGAUUCAAAGGGAUAACAAGAACAGAGGGCAGGUACAUUUGGAGCUCUUGUACUGUCCCUUUGGCAUGGAAAACAGCUUUACCAAUCCAUUUGCCCCCAACUACUCAAUGACAUCCUUGGAAAAGGUUCUUAAAAGUGCAACAAAUGGAAUAGACUCUAAUGGAAACGAAAAUGCUGUUACCCAGAAGAGAAAGGAGGUUAUUAUUAGGGGAGUCCUUUCUGUUACUGUGAUAUCUGCCGAAGACUUGCCUGCAACAGAUUUCAUGGGGAAAUCUGAUCCUUUUGUCAUUCUUACCUUGAAGAAAGCAGAAACAAAAAACAAAACCAGGGUUGUGAAUGACAGCUUGAAUCCUGUUUGGAAUCAAACAUUUGACUUUGUUGUCGAGGACGGAUUACAUGAUAUGCUAAUUGUUGAAGUUUGGGAUCACGACACAUUUGGAAAGGAUUAUAUGGGCAGAUGCAUAUUGACGCUUACAAGGGUAAUAUUAGAAGGGGAAUAUAAAGAGCGUUUUGAGCUUGAUGGUGCCAAAUCUGGCUAUUUGAAUUUGCAUCUGAAGUGGAUGCCACAACCAAUUUACCGUGAUUCUUAAGUUUACCUGCCACCUUCCUGCCCCUAUAUACAACUUUCUAGAGAAUGUAGUUGUGGUCUUGGAAAUUCCUUCCUUGAUCUUCCACACACGCAUCUUGUAUCUUAAUAGCAGUUACAGUUAGCAAAUGUACAUAAUUGUCUCGUCAAACAUGGUAAAGAUAUACGAAUUUCGAUCAGAUUAUCCUUAUUCUAUCAUUUUGUCCGGUUAUUGAUUAGUAUUAAAUGCCUCAUUGAUGUUGGGAUGUAAAAUUAUCGGUACAUGGUUGGAUAAUUAAUUGUCUUUUAGCUGUUCUUUUGAUGCACUUAUUUGUCUUAAUCCGAACGA